GGAGAGGGUAACACGGUAGGAAGCAGUGGGUAGAAUCCACUCAAUCUCAUACUACGACUACAAAGCCUUGUUUUCUGUUCUCUGUUCUGUUGACGAUCCAUUCUUCUUCUUCUUCUUCUUCUUCGUAAACUUGAGUGGUGCACUCGCAGUGCAGGAGCAACUAAAAAGUUCCCACUUUACAGAUCUUGUAGAUUUUGCUCAUGGCGCAGCCUCUCGUGAAGAAGGACGAUGACCGCGACGACGAAGCUGAGUAUUCUCCCUUUGCGGGAAUUGAAAAGGGAGCUGUUCUUCAGGAGGCCAGGGUUUUUAAUGACCCACAACUUGAUGCCAGGAGAUGUUCUCAGGUUAUCACGAAACUUUUAUACCUACUAAACCAAGGAGAUACAUUUACAAAGGUAGAAGCCACAGAAGUUUUCUUUGCUGUGACUAAGCUUUUUCAGUCUCGAGAUCUUGGGUUAAGGAGAAUGGUCUACCUGAUAAUAAAGGAACUUUCCCCCUCUGCGGAUGAGGUUAUUAUCGUUACAAGCUCCCUCAUGAAGGACAUGAUUAGUAAGACUGAUAUGUACAGGGCUAAUUCUAUUCGUGUCCUUUGUCGCAUCACAGAUGGAACACUCCUCACCCAAAUAGAGCGAUAUCUGAAACAAGGAAUUGUAGAUAAGAAUCCAGUUGUUGCAAGUGCAGCCUUAGUUAGCGGCAUUCAUCUGCUUCAGACGUCUCCAGAGAUUGUAAAAAGGUGGAGCAAUGAGGUUCAGGAAGCAGUUCAAUCAAGGGCAGCUCUUGUGCAAUUUCAUGCACUGGCUUUGCUCCACCAGAUACGGCAGAAUGAUCGACUAGCUGUUAGCAAACUGGUUAGCAGCUUGACCAGGGGGAAUGUUCGUUCUCCUUUGGCUCAAUGCCUUUUGAUUCGCUAUACAAGUCAGGUAAUUCGGGAGUCAGGAAAUAUCACACAAUCAGGAGAUCGCCCCUUCUAUGAUUAUCUUGAGAGUUGCCUUCGUCACAAGUCAGAGAUGGUGAUUUUUGAAGCAGCCAGGGCAAUUACAGAGCUCAAUGGAGUAACUAGCCGAGAAUUAACUCCUGCAAUUACAGUUCUUCAGCUCUUCUUAAGUUCGUCUAAGCCAGUCUUGAGAUUUGCUGCUGUCCGCACCUUAAACAAGGUGGCAAUGACACAUGCAAUGGCAGUGACUAACUGCAAUAUUGACAUGGAAAGUUUAAUCUCUGACCAGAACAGAAGCAUUGCAACACUUGCCAUCACUACUCUAUUGAAAACAGGAAAUGAAUCUAGUGUGGACCGGCUUAUGAAGCAGAUUACAAAUUUCAUGUCUGAUAUUGCUGAUGAAUUCAAAAUUGUUGUUGUUGAAGCAAUAAGAUCACUGUGCUUAAAAUUCCCUUUAAAAUAUAGAUCUCUGAUGAAUUUCCUAAGUAAUAUUCUCAGGGAAGAAGGUGGUUUUGAUUACAAGAAAGCAAUUGUAGAUUCAAUUGUGAUUCUUAUCAGAGAUAUCCCUGAGGCCAAGGAAAGUGGGUUGCUUCAUCUUUGUGAGUUUAUUGAAGAUUGUGAAUUCACUUAUUUGUCCACACAGAUUCUGCACUUCCUGGGAGUUGAAGGACCAAAAACAUCCGACCCCAGCAAAUAUAUUCGUUAUAUAUAUAACAGAGUACAUCUUGAGAAUGCGACUGUUAGGGCCAGUGCUGUUAGCACAAUGGCAAAGUUUGGGGCUUCUGUUGAUGCAUUAAAGCCUCGCAUAUUUGUACUGCUAAAGCGAUGUCUUUUUGACAGCGAUGAUGAGGUCCGUGACAGAGCAACUCUUUAUUUGAACACCCUUGGAGGUGAUGGCAGAGUGGUUGAGACAGAUGAAGAUGUGAAAGAUUUCCUCUUUGGGUCAUUUGAUAUUCCACUUGCCAAUCUGGAGACUAGUUUGAAAAACUAUGAGCCUUCAGAAGAGGCUUUUGACAUUGGUUCCGUGCCCAGGGAGGUUAAAUCUCAACCUCUUGCAGAGAAGAAGGCCUCUGGUAAAAAGCCUACCGGUUUGGGUGCUCCUCCUCGUGGUCCCUCAUCUACUACAGAUUCCUAUGAAAGGUUGCUUCUAUCCAUUCCCGAGUUUGCAAACUUUGGGAAACUUUUUAAGUCUUCAGAACCUGUGGAGCUUACUGAGGCGGAGACAGAAUAUGCAGUUAAUGUUGUUAAACACAUUUUUGAUAGGCAUGUCGUGUUUCAAUACAACUGCACAAACACGAUACCAGAACAAUUAUUGGAAGAUGUUAUUGUAAUUGUGGAUGCAUCCGAAGCAGAAGAGUUCUCUGAUGUGUGCUCAAAACCUCUUAGAUCUCUUCCUUAUGAUUCACCUGGCCAGACAUUUGUGGCUUUUGAGAAGCCUGAGGGAUUACCAGUUGCUGGAAAAUUUUCUAAUGUUCUGAAAUUUAUUGUUAAAGAGGUUGACCCAGCCACUGGUGAGGCAGAAGAUGAUGGUGUAGAGGAUGAAUACCAGCUAGAGGAUUUGGAGGUUGUUACAGCAGACUACAUAUUGAAAGUCGGGGUGUCUAAUUUCAGGAGUGCAUGGGAAAGCAUGGGCCCUGAAAAUGAGCGAGUGGACGAAUAUGGUCUUGGUCCCAGGGAGAGUUUGGCUGAAGCUGUAAAUACUGUCAUCAAUCUUCUUGGUAUGCAGCCUUGUGAGGGAACCGAGGUAGUGCCGCCCAAUUCAAGGUCAUACACAUGCUUGUUGUCAGGUGUAUUCAUAGGGAAUGUGAAGGUGCUUGUGCGGUUGUCUUUUGGACUUGAUGGUCCGAAGGAUGUUGCGAUGAAACUGUCUGUCAGAUCCGAGGAUGAAACUGUCAGCGACACCAUCCAUGAGAUUGUGGCUAGUGGCUAGUGGCUAGUGCACUUGACUCAACUCGGCCUUUCUUUUUGGUUACUGAGAUUGGAGUUUAGCUUCCUUACAGAUAGGCGUGUGUAAAGAAUUCCAAAGCGGUACACAUAGUAAAUGCAAUUUAUUGGCCACCCACUGCAUGCCUGUUAGACUAGCAAUCAUACUUGCAAGUCGGGUUUAUUGGAGUAAACUUCCGUGGUCAUAUGAUCAUACUUCAUUUAUUUGUAGCAACUGUAAUACGAAUUUUGGUGAUUUUCAUAAAUAUUUGUUUCCUCGUGAUUUGGAUAUGUUAAAACGGAAACUAUUAGUGCAUAAGAGAUCUCACUAUUUUAUUGAAUACUUGUGAUAUUGGGAUACACUAUUUUGUUAAAUGAUAUAUAUGUGUUUUCAGUAA